AUGCUGCAACGCACGAUCCUUAGACAGCGCCGAGCUGUGCAAUCCGCAGUCUCCAGAUCCUCUACAUUUUCAUCACAGUCGCCGUUCAGACAAGCUUCGCGCUUGCCACAGCUUUCUCAAAGACAAUCAGCUUUCAAUGUAGCAGUGCCCCGCUUUUACUCGACACAAAACGACGCGGCCACCAAGGACGACGUCAAAGAAGCUAGCAAAGAGAAUGGCGAAACUGAGAGCCCCGAGGAGACAUUCACAAAGGAAUUGGAAGCAAAGAACAAGGAAGUUGCUGAAAUGAAGGACAAGUACCUUCGAUCUGUCGCCGACUUCCGAAAUCUCCAGGAGCGCACCAAGCGCGACAUGGAUGGCGCUCGCGCAUUCGCUAUCCAAAAAUUUGCUGUUGAUCUUCUCGAGUCGAUCGACAACUUUGACCGUGCCCUCUCCGUCGUACCCGCCGAUAAGCUUACUGCCGAGCAAGCCGAGGCCAACAAGGAGCUUCAGGACCUUCACCAGGGUCUUAAGAUGACCGAGAACAUCCUCAUGAACACGCUGCAGAAGCACGGCCUGCAACGUUUUGAUCCCGGAGAGCUCGUUGAUGGCAAGGCCCAAAAAUUCGACGCUAACCGUCAUGAAGCCACUUUUAUGGCCAAGGCAGCCGACAAGGAGAAUGGCGAGAUUAUGCACGUGCAAAGCAAAGGCUACAGUCUGAACGGACGCAUUCUACGGGCUGCCAAGGUCGGUGUCGUCAAGAACGACUAA